AUGGAGAUCCACGUUAUAUUGCCAACCAAUGAAUUAAUCACUUUGCAGAUUACAAAAAUAACUAGUUCAGUCGAUCUAAAGUCGAUAAUAGCCGAAAAAAUUAAAUGUCCUAUAUCAUAUAUUCAUCUAUUUGUUAGAAAUGUCGAGAUAAUAGAUCCAACCGUUAUAAGUUCCCUACAAAUACCAGAAAACAUGGCAAUUAUUUGCAGAAAACUCGAAGACACGAAUAAUCAGAUUAUUAAUAUAUCUAAUACAACAAAACCUUCGAGCACGCCAGCUGUCCCAAUAAAAAUCAUGCCUCCAAAAGUAAAAAUAUCGAAAAAAUAUAAGAACGAUCCUCCCGAUUUUGAAGAAAAGCUACAAUUUAUGGAAAAUAUGGGCUUUUCGCACUACGUUGUUAAAGCAAUACUUAGAAUAUCCAAUUACGAUACUGAAAAAGCAAUAUUACGUCUCAAGGGUGAACAGAUAUUUACGAAGUCCGAUUAUUUCACUUCACCAGACUUACAACCGGCUACAUCAAGUCCCAAACCAAUGCCAACAGAGAAUUCCCCGCUAUCCAGUCUAAUUACUACGAUGAAUCAUGAAAUACAAAAUUCAACGGAAGAAUAUGAGAGUUCAGAAGUAUUUAAUUUACUAGAUUCUGUUUGCAAUCAAGAAAAAUCUCAAGUACAGGCAGACGAAAAACAGGCAGAUCAGUCAUCAAAAGCACCUACAACAAGAUCUAAAAGAUGGUCGUAUGAAGAAGAGGAAAUCCUAGUAACCAAAUACGCAGAAUUAGGCUCCGACUGGAAUUCCAUCGCCAGCUAUAUUCCAGGCCGCACAGCAAGCGCUAUUAUGCAACAUUUUCAGAUUCAUAAUAAAUAUCUUAUGACAAUAAAGCCAAAAGUCGGAUCAAAGACACUUUCCAUAGGUGGAUCAUCAAGUUCUGGUUCCCAACCUGGUGUUUCCUUAUCACAUUCUCAGUCAUUUGAUCUUCAAUUUGACGAAAAGAACAAUGACAUGCUGUUCGAAGCCUGGAAGAUAUAUGGAAAUGACUGGGAUUCCAUUUCAUGCAUAUUUCCACAGUAUUCGACCCAAACUCUCUCAAGUUAUUGGAAUAAUAUUUUAUUACCUAAAUAUUUGACGACAAACAUGAUUCCAUUCCAAGCAGAUGAGGAAUCAGGUGACUUUACAUACAGAUUGCCAAAGAGUUCUCGUAAAAAAGUCCGAUCAUAUUCAUUAUCUAAGUCAGUUAUCAUGCAGGAUAUUCAGAAUGAACCAGCUCAGUCCCAGCAACCAGCAUCUCAGACAACACAGAACGAGUCCAAUGAAAAUUCAUCCCAAAGUGAACCUCGUUACGCCCCUAACAACCGUUUUCUUCUAUGGACUGCAGAGGAAGAGAACACAGUUAUAAACAUGAAGAUGAAAGGUGCCUCAUUCGAGGAGAUCUCUUCUGUUCUCACGAAUAGGACUGCUUCGACAAUUGCAACGAGAUGGUAUCAGAAAUUACAGAAACAGCUUCAAAAAUCAUCACAAACUGAGGAAGAAGUACAAUCAGAACAAAAUGGAUACGACUACGAUGGCGAAGAAUCAAACGAAGAUGAUUUUGAUAAUAAUAAUGGUUCUAAAAGACAAUGGACACAGAAAGAAGACGAACUAUUAUUACAGUUAUACAAAGAACAUCAUUCCAACUGGGAAAAGAUCAACUCUUUCUUCACAAACAGAACUCCUGCUGCUUGUAGAAUGCACUGCUAUUUCCUUAGGCAUAAAAGUGACAACGACCAAGCGACCAACCAAGGACCUUCUACAGGAAGUGCCAUGCAGAGACGCAAUUCUGUUAGUGCAUUGCCAGUUGGAGGUCCUGCACAGUCUACUUUGCCUGUUCCAUCGAUUUCUCAGAGUAUGAAUGAUAGUGCAAGCUCUGCAAAGUCGAAUGAAAGCGAUGAAGAAUACGUAGAGCAACAACCAGUCUCAGAGCCUAAUUUAAAGCGUACUUAUAAUAGCUGGACUGAAGAGGAAGAUAAGAAAUUAAUUGCGGCUAUAGAAAAAGGCGCAACAUGGCAUGAGAUAUACGCAAUGUUCCCAGAAAGGAAAGAUACAUCAAUCAGGACACAUUGUCAGUGCACUUUGAAGAAGAAGAGGAAGAAUUUGAAUUUGCCAUCAGGAAAUCAGAAACAAUGGCUCAAAGAAGAAGACAAGAAGAUCAUUGAUAUGAAGACAAAUGGAAAACCAUGGCAGGAGAUAGCAGCAGCAUUGCCAGGAAGGACUCCUGCGGCUAUCCAGUCGAGAUGGAACUUGAAAUUAAAGUUAAAAGUGGACAAAGAGCCAGGAAGUUCCACAGGGCCAUCGAAGACACGUUCAGUAACAUUUACAAAGCGCGAAGAGAACAUGAUUCUGAGGAAAAAGAAAGAAGGAUCUUCAUGGGAAGAAAUUACUCAACUUUUCACUCCGAAAAAGGCUGCUCACGUCAAGCAAUAUUACGAUCUCUACUUGAAAGGCGAAUUCGACGGCGAAAAGUAUGAAAUCAAGGACAAUGCCGAAAAAAGAGAAUAUGAAAGCGACAAUUUCGACCAAAAUGAGGACAAAAGUAAUUCGGAAGACUCUCCCGAGUGGACAGCAGAAGAUGAUAAUGUCAUUAUUAGUGAAUUGAAUAAGAAAACUAUUAAUCCUGACAUUGUAAAGCUGUUUCCAAACAGAUCUAAGAUAAAUGUUUACAGAAGAAUCGAGAAAAUCAAAUCAGACAUUGCCCAUAGCGCUCCUACUGAGACAGUACCAACACAGCCUGAGAAACAAACUCCAGAACCUCAAAAUGAAACACAACAGAGAAUUAUCCAAGAAACAAAUAUCCAAACUCCAAUAGAACAUAGCAUUGUGCCUUGGUCUGACUAUGAGGAUAAUAUGCUUCUUGCGAAAAUGAAUGAAAAAGUUCCUAUUUCGACAAUUUGUGAUGUUCUUCCAGGAAGAACUGAAAAGGAGAUCUUAGAGAGAUACAAAGAGAUCAAUAAGAGCGAUAUUAUCUAA